AUGGUCUCCAUACGGCGCAUUGCAGUAGCUACGAGCUCAGCAACUAUUCGACUGGCGACCUUCCUGUUUCUGCGAUGGAUCCCUGGCCAUCACUUCGUGCCUCUUGUGGUCACCUCUUUGGUGGUGUACCUGUCGUCAAUAUUCUCCCUGCUCAAGGACAUCCAGCCUUACCAAAGCCAAACAGCUAAAGCCCGAAAUUUGAACAGAUAUAAGUCACCGUCUAGUCGUGCCAAAGCCGACGAUUCUGUGCUUAAAACCCUGUUGACAGGGCUGCCCUCGGCAAAGUGGCCCCUGUGGACCAGGAUCACAAUAUUCAUCAAUGUCGUCCUGGCGUUGUUAACACUUGACUUCUUGACCCGUGGCAUUCUACUUUAUCCUACCACAGAUGUUGCAUUCUCACGCAUUGGAUAUGUCUCCCCGACCACUGCCAACUUGGUCUUUCGCGAGCCAGACACGACUCGCCUACCAGUGGCAGUCAUGUUCCAGGAAAUCUCUCCAUUGAGUCAAGACUGGCACGAAGAAGGCAUCGUUUACAAGCUGGAUAACUCCACCGACUUCACCACGACAGUUACCCUAACCGACCUGAAGCCGGCGACACGCUACCGCUACUCGCUUUCCAACAACAAGUCAGGCACAUUUAUCACUGCACCAUCGCCCGAAAGUCCACAAGCAAGCCGGCUAUCUUUUGUAACAUCCAGUUGUCUAAAGCCAAACUUCCCGUACAACCUACUAUCGCACCCAUUACGGGUCCCAGGCAUCGAACAAAUGACCGAUGCCCUCGCCAAACUGCCCAAGCUACUUCGCCCAGCAUUCAUGCUCUUCCUAGGCGACUUCAUCUACAUAGACGUCCCUUGGCGCUUCGGCUCAGCAAUGUCACACUACCGCAGCGAGUACAGACGUAUCUACUCGUCCCCAUCGUGGACAUACGGACCAGAAGGCAACCGCGCUAUCGACCUCCCUUGGCUGCACACCCUCGACGACCACGAGAUCGAGAACGACUGGUCGCAGGGUAACAAAACCGCCCCGUACCCGGCAGCAGCAGACCCCUUCAUCCACUACCAUGUGCGGGCAAAUCCACCAAUUCCCACGGCACCCUUUGCCCAUCCAGACAACGUAACUUACUUCGCCUUCACGCGCGGUCCAGCUUCAUUCUUCAUGCUGGACACACGCACCUACCGCACCGAGCCCUCGCACAAGAAUUCAACCAUCCUCGGUGGCCCCCAGCUCCAGUCCCUCCUCACGUACAUCUCCACCCCAGAACCAGCAGGCACACACUGGAAAAUCAUAUCCUCCAGCGUGCCAUUCACCAAGAACUGGCACGUCGGCACGACAGACACCUGGGGUGGAUUCCUGGACGAGCGCCGUAUCGUCUUCGAGGCAAUGUGGCGCGCAGAGCGUGAACUAGGAAUCCGCAUCGUCCUGCUUAGCGGUGACAGACAUGAAUUCGGGGCCACUAGGUUCCCAGACCCGGAACUUAACCUGGGUCGCGAUGAGCUUUUGCCAAAUACGGCUGGGCUGGGAGUGCAUGAGUUCAGCGUGGGUCCGUUGAGUAUGUUUUACCUGCCCAUCCGUACAUACCACCAGACAGACUCUGAGGAUGUUAUGGUGAAGUAUGCGCCGAAUGGAAAUAGUAAGUUUGGGCAUAUUGAUAUUUCGGACGAGGUCGAAGAAGUUGGGUCAACUACCGCUGCGGCGCCUGUUCGAGCUCGUAGCUCUGUUCUAACUUACUCGUUGUACGUGGAUGGGGAAGUUGUUUGGAAGUAUCGCCUCAGCGUUCCAUUGGACCGCGAUGCGAGUGUUCAUACCCCAUCUCUGCCGCCCGGUCGUGUGCUCGAGGAUGAUAUCCCGGAUCGUAGUUGGAGUGUGGUGCUUGGGAAUGUUGUGGGACGGGUGCCGGUGUUGACGAAGAGGACUGUUAAGAUGGCCAAUGAUCUCUACUUUCAACUUGCCAAUCAGCUGUGGAAGAUUGAGAGACUUGAUUAG